AUGCAACCUCGGUCGAUAAGAUGCGGCUUGCGAUUCGGCCGGGAGAAACCAGCAUUCCACUCCCAUCGAUGUUUCUCGACUAUCAAGACCCUCAACGCUAUCGAAGAGCCAUUUGCCUCUGUCGGUGUUCCUGAGUUCAGAAGCUUAGCUUUUGAGGCGGGAAAGCCUCUGGCGUUCAAGCAACCAAAUACGAUUCCAAAACGACCAUCCUUCCCAGCGUCGACGAAGUGGUUCAUGCAAGAUGAAGCCAGCCUAUCGCCGUUAUCUCACGGAGAACGUCCCAUGGGCUUUGCGCCGUACAUGGACCGAUUCGCUCAUCAUAUGCUUCCAUACGAAUUCAUGAGCCCACAGCUGUGCGAAGACACAGGCUUGGUUGUCGACACCACAAGCCAAUUCCUAACUUGGCUUGCGUCAGAUUCAGACCCCUUGGGUGCCGUGCUAGCCGGCAUCGUGCACGCCGCCGCUUACCCAGACGCCUCAGAGCCAAAGUUCUCCUCGUUCAGCGCUCCAUUGUUGCUGUUGCUCAAAGCAGUCGAGUUCAAUAAGCUGCACGAGAAGAAGCUUAAACAACUUUACGUCGCUCAGGCCCAGCUACCAGACCUACCAAUAGAACUGCAGGAAGAUCUUCCAGUGCCUCGCAUAGUCACAGAAGCUGGGAAGGGUGAUGUCUAUAGCUCAAGCAUAUGGCUCGGCUUAGAACCAACUUAUACACCGCUGCAUCGCGACCCGAACCCCAAUCUCUUUUGCCAGUUGAUUGGCAAAAAAACCAUCAGACUAUUGCCGCCUUUCUCUGGAGAUCGGUUGUACCGACGAGUGCAGACGCAGAUCCAGCAUUCCGGCAAUAGUCGAAUUCGAAUGUCUGAGAUGAUGGAGGGUCGAGAGAGGGUGGUUUUGAACACGGCCGUUUGGGGUAUGGAAGGCCCCGAAGACCUUAUCGAAGCGAAACUGGAUCCAGGCGACGCCUUAUUCAUUCCUAAGGGUUGGUGGCAUAGCGUCAAGAGUGGGCAUCACGACGGGCGGCUCAAUGCAUCUGUGAACUGGUGGUUCCGAUAA